GCCAUCGCGUGCAGACGGAAAAUUUCCACAGCGCAUCAAUCAGCAUAAAUAUUAAAACUGAAUAUUGAUCUGAAUUAAAAUUAAUUGUUACAGAACUACACUGAAAUCUUUGAAGCUGUAAAGUAUCAGCUAGCAAAAUCUCAGUGUUGCUCAUUUUCCAUCGCAACAGUUUCUUCAAAGAUUUCAUCGAUAUACGAUCGGAAAAAUGGAAGUCAACGUGGAAAUCGCCGCAAGGAAUUGUAUUAUGUGUGAUCGCCCUGAUUCAGAAGACAAUCUGGUGCAACGCGAUCGUUGUGACCACUACGUGCAUUUCGGCUGUGCAGGUGUAAAUGAUUCAAUUCCUCGCCCCGACCGUAGUUUUCCAUGCAAGUAUUGCGUCGAACGAGAUGAAAAAAUCUCGAUUCCGACAAAGAGAUCUAGCCAGGGAACGCGACGCAGCCGCCGGUCGGCUCAGUUAGCGCUGUACUUGAAAAGGCUAGAGGAGGAGAAUCGAAUUCGAAUGAAAAAAAUCGAUGAAGAAGAAAAAUUCCGGAAGAUGCGGUUGGAAGCAGAGGAAGAUAUGAUGAAAAAGAAGUUCGAGUUACUUCAGGCAGACCUGGGAAGUGAUGAUGACAGAUCCAGUUCAACAAGCGGAGUUAGCCCGCAUGAUGUUCGAGAAAACACCGAGAAGUGGGUGAACCUAGAAGGACAGAACGAAGGAGCAAACAGUAUUGCUGCCACGUCAUCCAGACAUCCACAACAGUCCUUUGUAGACAGAGACGGAGCUACCGCGUCUGGUUACGAUAAUGCAAGUACUCCGAAAAACGCUGCAGCAGAAACCAUCUUACUUUCAGAGAAAACAGUAUCAAUAAAAAAUUGUGUAUCAUUUAGAUCAGUUCUACCGUCAGGACUAGAUCAGUUAAACACCUAUUCCAUUUCACCCAUUGAGUCAAUGAAGAUAUUGCCGAGCAGUUUACAGGGUGCUGCAUCAACAACCAAACCAACUCAAACACCAGCUUUAAAGGUGAUGACAAGUUCAUCAGCAUCAAAAUUAACAACUUCAAUAGAUGCUAAUAAAUCUCUAACAAUAACAAACCAAAUGCUACAUACGACACCAGUACUCAGUGCCGCAACAAAUAAUAAGUGCAGUUUUAUGUCAUCAGCUGCAGCUGUAAAUCCACCGUAUCAACUAACAUCGUCGCACAUUUCGUCUAUUGAGCAACUACAGCCGAGACUGGAAUCGUCAUGCUGUCAUCCUACGUAUAAUCCAUUGCCGUCAGUUCAACCGUCCUGGGCAUAA